CGGCCGUCGUACUUACGCCAGCGGCUACCGUUGAAGAGAAGGCAAAAACAAACAAACUCGUCCCACAUGAAAAAUCGCCACAAUGCAACAGGGAGAAAAGGUUGGAACAAACCGACAAGAUAACGGUUGAGUUAACCGGGACGGUAAAAUCAGAGUCAGAGACAAUUAAAGGUCCAGAGGGCAAGACGGAGAAAACGUCCGACCUGGAUUUUAGAGCGAGUCCCUUUAUUGACGAGUUCGAAGACAAUAACGAUGUUUAUGUCUAUCCCACCGGUACCGUGAAGGAAAAACACCAUGCGAAUACUGGCGCAUCUUCGUCUCAGAGUACCAACAUGAGAGAAGUCAGUGGUAUUUUAGCGCCGCCGGCACCAAGAAAGAAAGCCAGUAGCUUUCAGCCCGGGCCGAUGAGUUACGCAUCUGGCACACAAACCGUUAACGAACAGUGGGG